AUGAACUGUGUCCUACCCUCAGACGUUGACUGGGAGGCUGCUCCUCGAUUCUGGGCAAAGCAUCUCACGGAAAAGACUAUAUCCAGAUAUGUAAUUCAAGACCUCAUGGCAGAGAUGUGUGCCAAAAAGCCAAAUAAGACUCUUAACUUCAACGGAGAGGAGGCCCCGGACGUCAAGCUUCACCCAUCUUUCCAGGAGAAGGCAGAUUCCUUGCAAUCGAAGCUCAUGGGUAGCUGGCCGGAUACGAUUGAAGACCACUACCAAAAAAAGGCAAAACAACCACCAAAAACGACAACUGACUACUCCAAUGACAAGGACAGCGACUCCAAGGCCGAGGAAAGCAACAAAGAAGACAGCGAUGAGGAGGCUGGAGAAGAGAAGGAAUCGGAUGAUGAGAGUGACGAGGAGGAAGAGGCCGCGGAAUCAAGAGUAUCCCAGGUCCCACCGGUCCCACCAACUAAGACUGGGAAGAGUCGAAGCAGUGACGGUAGUUCUUCCUUAUCAGAUCUGCCGUCAGAAGAAGAACCAGAAAGCAGUGCGACAGACCCACGUCGCGACCCCAGUGAAUAA